CACCACCAAAAGAAAUUGUAACAUGGCUGAGUGAUGGAAGCACGUUGAACAUUCAAUAGACAAUAAUUUCAAUACAUUCUAUCAAUAGAAUGGUUCUUUCUAUAAUAAUGUGACAGGCAAUAAGCUAGGAAAUAAACUGCCCUCUUUUAACAAUUAUUCCUCUCCAUAAUAAUAUAUAAAAAUAAUUAUUUCUGAUCCUGACUGAAUAUUGUACCGGUAUCACAAAACCGGUUCAGUUGACUUAGGAAAUAUGGGGAAACGUGAUAGAAAAGAUAAGGAGGAGAGAAAAUCUAAGAAAUUAAAACCUGAAGAGGUUGUAUACGAUGAAGAAGAUACAACUCUAGACAAUGUUGAUGUCAAAGAUGGUGUGCCAGAGUCCGCCACAAGACAUGUUGAAGACGACGCAGCCGAGGAUGAAUUUGGUGCCAAAGAUUUCCGAAAAGCUCUCGACUUGAAACCAGACCACAAUUCUCGACCUCUGUUUAUUGGCCCUAAUGGUCAUAUAUUUCUGGAAUCAUUCUCGCCCGUCUAUAAGCAUGCCCAUGAUUUCUUGAUAGCCAUAUCGGAACCUGUAUGUCGACCUGAACAUAUCCAUGAAUAUAAGCUGACCCCCUAUUCUCUGUAUGCAGCCGUUUCGGUUGGUCUACAAACAAAUGAUAUUAUUGAGUAUUUACGUAGGUUGUGUAAAACGACGCUACCAAAUGGAAUAAUAGAAUUUAUCAAACUGUGUACAUUGAGCUAUGGCAAAGUGAAACUAGUUUUAAAGCACAAUCGCUAUUUUGUCGAGAGCCAACAUCCCGAAGUUCUCCAGAAAUUAUUGAAAGAUCCUGGAAUUCAGGAAUGGAGAAAACGUGCCGAAGUUGACGAGAAUGGAGAUCCACAAUUCAUUGCUGGAGAACUGUCUGGUAAAUCAGCUCUACAUUUAAAUAAACCUGUGCGAGAUCCAAAUCAAGCCGAAACAAGCACGGCAGGUGAAGGAACAGCUACCACUGAAGACGGUCAACCAGUUCCAGAUGAUAUUACUGCAUUUUAUGAUAAGAUUGAUAAUGAAGAAGAAGAUGAGGAUGAAGCCCAGCUGAAAACGGUUUCGUUUGAAGUGAAGCAAGAAAAUAUCGAAGAUAUACAGAAACGUUGUAUUGAACUUGAGUACCCACUUCUAGCGGAAUACGACUUCCGCAAUGACACUAUUAAUGCCGACGUUAAUAUGGAUCUGAAACCGUCAACUGUUUUACGUCCCUAUCAGGAGAAGAGUUUACGUAAAAUGUUUGGUAAUGGUCGUGCUCGAUCUGGGGUUAUUGUGUUACCAUGUGGGGCUGGGAAAACUCUUGUGGGCGUGACAGCAGCUUGUACUGUUAGAAAACGUUGUUUAGCCUUGUGUACGUCUGGUGUGGCUGUUGAACAAUGGAGGUCACAAUUUAAAAUGUGGUCGACGGUGGACGAUAGUCUGAUUUGUAGGUUUACGUCUGACGCUAAAGACAAACCAAUGGGGUGUGCGAUCUGUAUUAGUACUUACUCCAUGUUGGCACAUUCGACAAAACGAUCAUGGGAGGCAGAAAAAAUGAUGGAAUGGCUGCAAGGUCAGGAAUGGGGUAUUAUGCUAUUAGAUGAAGUACAAACAAUUCCUGCUAAAAUGUUCCGUCGGGUUCUGACUAUUGUUAAUGCUCAUUGUAAAUUAGGUCUGACAGCCACUCUGGUCCGAGAGGAUGACAAAAUUGCUGAUCUGAAUUUUUUAAUCGGACCCAAACUGUAUGAAGCCAAUUGGAUGGAACUACAGAAUAAUGGUUUCAUUGCUAAAGUUCAGUGUGCCGAAGUCUGGUGUCCCAUGACCCCUGAGUUUUAUCGAGAAUAUCUCCAAAUGAAAUCGAUGAAGAAACUUUUGUUGUACGCCAUGAAUCCCAAUAAAUUUCAAGCCUGUCAGUUUCUGAUUCGAUACCACGAACGACGUAAUGAUAAAAUCAUUGUGUUUGCCGAUAAUGUGUUCGCUCUGAAACAUUAUGCAGUAACAUUAAACAAGCCUUAUUUAUAUGGACCAACCAGUCAGGGAGAACGGCUUCAAAUUCUCCAAAAUUUCCAACAUAAUCCAAAAGUCAACACCAUCUUUGUGUCAAAGGUAGCCGACACAUCUUUUGAUUUACCAGAAGCGAAUGUGUUGAUUCAAAUAUCGGCUCACGGUGGUUCCAGAAGACAAGAAGCCCAGCGCCUUGGUCGAAUUCUCCGUGCUAAGAAAGGAGCAGCAGCAGAGGAAUAUAAUGCAUUUUUCUAUUCAUUGGUUUCCCAGGACACGAUGGAGAUGCAGUACUCUUUAAAAAGACAAAGAUUUUUGGUAAAUCAAGGUUACAGUUACAAGGUUAUUACAAAGUUAGCAGGAAUGGAAGACGAAAAUCUGGCGUAUGUCAGUAAAGAAGAUCAGGUUCGUCUGUUAGAGAAAGUAUUACAAGCUACAGAUGCUGAUGCUGAAGAGGAGAGAACUGUUGGUGAUGGAUCACAGAUGAGACCCAACAUGUCGCGUAAAGUUGGCAGUAUGAGUAGUAUGUCCGGCGCAGAUGAUGCUAUUUAUAUGGAGUAUAGGAAGAAAAAGGGAAGUAAAGAGAGUUCUCACCCCUUAUUUAAAAGAUUUAGACGCUAGUUCGGUGAAUUGUUUCCAUUUACUUUAUGGAGAAAUGGAGAUAAAGGGAUUAUCACCCCUUAUUUAGAUGUUAGUUGUGUGAAUCGUUUCCAUACACGUACCGGUAUAUUUUAAUUACAUAUAAUUUAUGGAGAAAUAAAAUGAAGGGAGUUAUUAUCCCUUAUUUAAAAAAUUUCGAUAAUAGAUGAAGGGGGUUAUCAUCCCUUAUUUAAAAGAUUGAGUUGCGUGGAUUGUUUCCAUAUAUAUAUCAUAGCCAUGUAUACUUUAUUGACAAAUGAAAAUGAUGGGAGUUAUCACCCAUUAUUUAAAAGAUUUAGAGCUAGUGGCUUGAAGUGUUACAAAAUUUACAAACUCAUGUUAAUAUGUGUAUAUAUACUUUAUGGAGAGAAAAAAGGGAGAAUUAUGUGCAUAGGGAGUUCUCGCCCCUUAUGCAGAAGAUUCUGACAUAGUUGUACAUGUAUGAAGUGUUGCCAUACACACAAAUGCAUGUAUAGGAAGUUCCUACUCCUUAUUAAGAAGGUUUGGACAUUAUUUGUUCGUAGUGUGUAUAGAUACUUUAUGGAGAAAAGUGGGGAAUAUACAUGUAUUAUAUGUAUAAAGGGAUUUAUUCAGAAGAUUUGGACAUUAGUUUUAUGAUGUGUUUCCAUGUUUACAGAUAACGUUUGUGUGUUUACAUUGUACAACUUAAAUUAAAACUUUCAAAUGACUGAAUAUUUUGUAUUAUGAUACGUUUUGCUUAGUGCUUGUAAUAAAAUAUUUUUUUCUCAGUACUCACUAAA